AUGAAAACUACUCAGAUCUUCGUCGCAGCUGUGCUGACCUUUGCGACAGCUUCAUUUGCUGGUAGAUGCGGCGAGCGCGGCGGAUGCAUUGAUCAAGGUCCCGGAGGACAGACGAUUUUAGACUGCACUUCCGGUAGCUGCGACGGCAAGUCCGGACAAGCCUGUAGCAUUGUUGGCACUACAGCAGUAAACUGUCCUCGGUAG